AUGGCUGAAAGAGAAGACGAUGAUCAUUUUUCAUUUGAAAAAUUAUCAGAACUGGCAAUGAAUGAAGAAUCAACUACAGAGCCAUCGGAAAGUACGGAACAAAAAGCAUCCUAUACACCUUUGUUUAAAUAUGAAGGACGAAAAUUUAAGACAUUAUUGUUCUCUACAAGUGCUUCCGAUGCCUUUCAUACAGUAACAUUGAACCGAUUACAACAAUACACUGAUCUAUUGAUCGUAAGAGAUGCUAGUAGUUUUGAUCAAAAUGAUGAAACUUUGAUGAGAAUGGAAAUUUUAGAUGCUGACCUCAUUUGUUUUGAUCCCUAUUCGACCAUAAAAGAAUGCUAUGUUUCACUCAUCAAUGAUCGAGUUGAAAGAGGAGAGUUGGCACUUGCUUUUUUCCGAGGUAUUGACGGUAACAGUGCACCAUACAUGUUGCACUAUGUCAAUGUACCAUACGUCGAUUGGGGAAAUAGCUCAUCAUUCUCUCUUGAUAUUGAUAAUAUUCGAAAAGUAGACAGUCAACAUUUAGAUCGAUUUUUGAGAAAGUAUCAAUCAUUAACUCUCAAGUUUGCAGCAAACAGAGAAAAACUAAUCGAUAUCGAUGAAAAUGGAGUCAAGACACUUAAGGAACUCACUGCAACAAUUUAUGAUAGUUUUUUCAAGUUAGACCUUAAUGGAAGCUAUAUUUGUGGACAAUCCUUUUCCAAAAUGGAAAAAGAAAAUGAUUGGAUAACAUUUGGAUAUGGAAAAGGUGAGCAUGAUCAUGUUGGACGCAGUAUUUUAGUACACAAGACCUACAAAGUAAUGUUUCCUCAUUUCUAUGGCUUUUCAGAACAAGAUUCACAAUUUAGCAAGGAUCUAUUGCGAUGUUUGUUUGAAUAUCUUUUAUUGGAGCAUGGUAAAAGGAAGAGAUCAUUGUUCUUCACUCGACUUCUCAAAUCCAGUCUGCAAGGCCAAUUAAGUGAUGUUCUUGUUUUGGCCAAUAAAGGAGAUUGA